GGUAUUACCCUGCAGAACUCUUUUUGGCACCUUGGAAGCACACAGCCUACUGCCGUGUUUAAAAGCAGACACAGUGGACACACUGAAUAACCCCUGUCAGUUUGUAAGUUCUGUAAGCAGAGGGUGCCCUGUUCUCUGGAGUUGGACGCCAGCCCUAGCUGCCUUAUUUGGGAGCGUACACAAACCAUGUGGCACUGAAUGGGAAGAACACAAGGGGGAACAUAGCGGAGGAUGGCAGACAGGAUAAGGAGAAGAAGGCGUGGAGAGAAAAAAAGGAAAGAAAGUUGCUCCCUGAAUUUUGCAAAGUCUUGUGCAAGAGAGCCCCGAGGAACAAGAGAUGGAUGGGGAGAGAAGGAGGGAGGGAGGAGAAGAUUGCGAAGGGGUGGAAAACACUUACAGCCAAUGACUGGCUAGAGAAAGCGAGCCUUCAGAACGGCUGUUGGAUGGUCAGUCUUCACAUUACGAGGAAAGGUUCUUAAAAAGUCAAGGAGCGUACAUCAAAGCUUGAGGAGGACACGCUGCCCGGCACUUUGCCUCAGGGUAAGGAGAUAGGAAUUCACACGGGAUGAAGGAUUACAGGACGUUGUGAUUUGGACGAACCUGUGAUUUAUGAUGCUUUCUAAAGUGGUGGACACCUCACGGAAAGUGGACAGCAGUUCUUUGGGAAGCUGUUUUUAGAUAUACAAUUCAAGUGACCUUACUCUAAGGUGACGGCGCUGAUUUGGGACGAGGCCCUGACUGAAGUGUGCUGUACUUCUGCCCAAUUGGAAUCAGGCUUAGAAAAGGAAAGCGGUGUGGGAAAAGCGAGCGAGCGCACGCGCCAGUCCAGACGAAAGCACCCUCCGCUCUUCCACAAUCAAUUAUUUAUGUGCAGGAGUGUUCCAGUGGGCCAGGCGAAUAGGAGUUGGGCUGCGGCUCAAAGCUCAGUCAUAGCGCGCCGCAGGAAGGACAGGGAUAACUGGAAGACUGAGAGGACAGAUCAAGAAGAAGAGCAGAGUGCUUCACGAUGACAGCUCUUCAGAAGAACCAGGGGCGCACUGAUCAGAUACUGGGAGCUAUGGCAGACAUGCUGAGCUCACUGGCCAUGCCCAGUCAACAAUGGAGCUCUGAGGGAAACGAGGAGCCGGUGGUGGACGGGGAGCAGAAAGCAGCAGGCCAGCCUCAGUGGGAUCCAGAAGGGCUGGAGUGGGAGCGGGCGUCUCAGGACAGCCAUGAGAGAGGGCAAAGAGACAAAGAAGAUUCCUACUCGGCAGCAGGCAGUGAGGGAAGCAUCUCCACGUCUGUGGCUUCAUUACCUCCCCAGGCGUCUGGCAGCUCUGCCCCGAGCUCCCCCAGCUCUCGGCGCUCCGUCAGCACGCUGAAGAAGUGGCUGACCAACCCCGUGCGGAAGCUGAGUGCCGGAGCAGCCGGGGGGAGUAAGGGGGAACGGCCGGCACGCAAGCAGGAGAGCAAACCCCCCCCACCUCAAAGCAAGAGCAACCAGGAGCUGGGGAGCAGCAGGACUGCAGAGGAGCACCUGACCAUCCUGCCCAUCACUGACAAGGAGCUGGAGUGGAGGGAUGGCCUACCAGCUUCUGAAGAUUCUCCAGGUGUCCUGCAGUCUCACAGUCACCAGUCUGACUUCUUACAAGGCUCCACCUCACAGGUCAGUCUACUCCACACAGAUACAGAGAGACUUACACAACACAUUACCAGUAUGCGCUUUUAGGGUGUUUUUACACCUGUCAUUGGUUUAUAUGGUCUAGAUCAGCUGAUG